UUUAUUACUAUCAUUUAUUAUCUACAAUAUAUGUUACUGUCAAAAUUGGCUACGGAACGCAUCCUAGUCUUGUUAACUAAUUAUGUUAUGUAUCAUAAUCUUUUCCUAACCCUAAUAAACUAUAGACAUAAUUGUGUAAAACAUCUCUCACACUGGUUUUGUGUUUCCGUUAUUAUCUAAGAAGAAGCGAUAAGUUCAGGGCAUGCAAGGCAGCCUUAUUCGUGUCCAUGGUGGUGAACAAAAAAGUGAAACUUGAGAUGGAACUGGCAGCUAAUGACUCUUCUCGUUCUCCUCAUGUUCUCAUCUUCCCUGCACCUGCGCAAGGCCAUGUAGACUCCAUGCUCAAGCUGUCCGAGCUUCUCUCCCUCGCCGGCCUCCGAAUCACUUUUCUUAACUCCGAUUACAAUCACAACAGACUUGUCCGAUACACUGAUGUUCAAGCCCGGUUCGCCCAAUAUCCCGGAUUCCAAUUCAAGACCAUUUGGGAUGGGCUACCAAAUGACCAUCCAAGAUCUGGUCACGAAAUCAUGGAUGUCUUUGAUGCUAUGAAUUCGGCAACAAAGCCGCUCCUCGAAAAGAUGCUCACCCAGAGUGACCCGCCGGUUAAUUGUAUUAUUGGUGAUGGGAUUAUGGGGUGGGUUAUUGAUGUUGCUGAGCAGCUUGAUAUUCCAAUCAUUCAUUUCCGGACAAUUGGUGCUAGCUGCUUCUGGGCUUAUUAUUGUCUUCAUGACACGAUUGAAGCUCGUCAAUUGCCUAUAAAUGGAAUCGAAGAUAUGGAUCGGUUGAUAACAACUGUACCGGGCAUGGAAACGUUUCUCCGGUGCCGAGAUCUCCCAAGUUUCUGCAGAGCUAGUGAUCUCGACGACCCAAAUCUCCGACUCGUCAAAACAGAGACCCGACAGUCUCCUCGAACCCGUGGACUGAUUUUGAACACAUUCGAAGAUCUUGAAGGACUGAUGCUUUCCCAAAUCCAUACUCAGUGUCCCAAUAUCUACACAAUCGGUCCAAUCCACGCUCACCUAAACACAAGACUAGGCGUCAAUGGAACAGAAACUCAAUCAUCGAACAGUCUGUGGGAAGUUGACAUGAGCUGCAUUUCAUGGCUUGACAAACAACCCCCAAAAUCAGUCAUCUAUGUAAGCUUUGGAAGCAUUACAGUGAUGACAAGAUGCCAAUUCAUGGAAUUCUGGUUCGGACUUGUGAAUAGCAAGAAGAGAUUCUUAUGGGUCACAAGACCUGAUUCAAUAUCCGGGAGCGGCGCUGGUGGUGGUGAGAUUCCGGUGGAGAUUGAAUUGGGGACCAAGGAGAGAGGGUACAUGGUGAGUUGGGCCCCUCAAAAGGAGGUCCUGAGUCACAAUGCUGUAGGUGGGUUUUUGACACACUCUGGAUGGAAUUCAACUUUGGAGAGUAUUGUCUCUGGUGUCCCCAUGAUUUGCUGGCCCUACUUUGCUGACCAACAGUUGAAUAGCAGGUUUGUGAGUGAGGUGUGGAAGCUUGGUUUGGACAUGAAGGAUGUGUGUGAUAGAAAAGUAGUUGAGAAGAUGGUGAAUGAUCUGAUGGUGGAGAGGAGGGAAGAGUUUGUUAGAUCAACGGAUAAGAUGGCUCGGUUGGCUAAAAAAAGUGUCACUGAAGGUGGGUCCUCUUAUUGUAACUUGGACCGUUUGAUUGAGGACAUCAGGUUGAUGAGCAUGCAAUCAUAUGGUCAUUAACAGAUGGGUGCAAGAUCGUACCAAUUAGAGUAUGUAGACAAACAAGAAACUUGGGACGUUUAAUAAAUUAAGGGCAUCUCCAAGACUGGUAUGCAAAAUGGGGAUGCAUAACUGUACUUUGCAUAUUUGAAUAGUUAUAUGCAUAAUUUAAUGAAAUUUCAUUCCAACAA